AAGAAACUUGAUGGCCUCAACAUGGGAAAAGACAGAAAUCUUCAGACCUUCGUACGUUUGCAUGGAUAAGAACAUCUUUCCUCUUGCAUCAUCAGAGAAGUCGCCUUCCCUUUCAUGAGUGGAUGCCUUCCAACUCUCCAGGUACUGAAGAAAAACAUCAACCAACCAUCCAAACCGAUCAUCAUCAGCAGAAGUGUAGGGCUUGAUGAAUUCAUUCCUUUUUUUGACAUGGUCAGUAAGAGAUCUUACAUUGGUGCAAUAAAAAAGAUCGUUCAUCAUUCGACAAAAUUGUGCAUUCCCCAAAACAUCACUGUUUCCGCUUUCUCCGAUGCUAUUGCAACCGACCGACUGAGAACCUGAGUUGCCAAUCUCACCUUCAUCUUGCUGUAGCUCGUUAGCGUAAUGUGAUCCAAUGUCAAUUUUGGAAGCACACGGAGACCAACUGCUUGAUCCUGAUAAAAAAGAUCUGCUAUGUGACUAAAUAGAAGAUAUUUGCCAUUGUUCUACAUGUAUCGACGGUGUGACCCUGAUCCUGAAUUAUACAAGCAGUUUCGAGCUGUCUUCAGUAAAUGUGGAGAAUCUGCGAAGAAGUAGACAAAACGUGAUGUUGCAAAAAGAUUUAAAGUCUUAUAUACAACAUCACAUUCAUCUUCACCAGCCAACGUGCUAUGGAGAUUAAAUAAUUUGCGAUUUGGUGAAGCACCAUCAUUGACCAGACCAAUCACCCAAAGAUCCAGUGACAGCUCCAAUGUUGACACAACUUUCCAGAAAAUGGGCAUUAGCUGGUAUGAAGUGACAUUCCCUGUAAAGUAAUAGGCAAUGAUAUGUUUCUUAUCAGUGGCUAAACCUCUAACAAGAAAUGCCAAUGCAUGAGUGACAACGCUAUCUUCCUUAUCCAGACAGGCAUAAUUUGUCAUAGGAUCACCAAGAUCAAUAAACCCAAUCAGAUCACCAGAAUGCUUGUCAUAUACAAGAUUUGAUUGGAUCUUCAUCUCAUCCAUGACCAGUACGACGUAUCGUUGAAUUCCGCUAAAUGAUUUCACCAUGUUUCGCUAAGAUUCUACAUUUUCUGCGUUUACUCUACCCUGGCCCAGACGUUUUUUUUAGGUUUGCCGAAUGCGAAAUGUGAGAAAACGCGCGAAGAAAAAGGAAAUACCUCUGGUGAAUUUGUUAGCGAUUCCUGGUUCGGAUAAAGAAUGCAAAAAAUGUAUAAUGGCUUAAUGCAUCAUAUUCUAAAAAUAUUAUCCAAUCAUUAUCCUUGACGCCAGGCCGUCUAGACAGGGUUUUAUCGCAUGUUUACUGUCCAGUGUAUGCCUGCCCAUUUGUAGCAAUAUUCAUUCUCCUGAAUUUCAUUCAAUUUAAAACAUCACAUCUAUUCAAUUUAAUAUAAAUAUAUAUUUAUAUUCAUUCACUUUAAUCUUGCAAUAUACAUUCAAUUUAAUUCUGCAAUAUACAUCCAAGAAAAUGUGUAUUUUAUAAAUUUAUUAAACACACCUCUUUGGGCCGACGUGAACUUUGUCUGUUAAUACAAAAGCAAGCAAAUUUGUCUUGUAGAUUUCAAAUGAAACCAUUCCUCUCCAUUUCGCAUUUCGAAUAAUAGACUCGGGAUUACAAAAUGCGAAUGUAAACUCCCCAUCUAGUAUUGCUUUCUCGUCCUCUUCGUUUGACAGUGAAGUAACACGGCAUCCACGCUUUCUUAGUUCACGGACGUGAGAGUCAAUGAAAGAGUUCAAUUUGCAAAUUACUAUUAAGAUGGGUUUCUCCAGAACAAUGGAGCUUUUGCCAAGUCGUCGUUCUACUCUCGGUGUUAGAAAUUUGGAAUAUUAAACUCUUCCCAUAACCGAUAGCAAGAUGCAAAUACAUUUUUAAUGUGAAUCAAAUUGGACAAGGCGCGGUAUUGAUGCUCCGUUAAACAUUUAAUUCAGGAAAUUUAUCAAUCUAUCUAUUAAUGCAGCCUAUAAAACUGCUUCUUUCAACUUUUGUUCGUUUAUUUAAUAAUAUAGACAUUUCAAAAUUCGAACGUUUCAAAUCAAUCAAAACACGAAACGCCUGCGAACAGGCUAUGAUGUUUACAAUAUCCAAUCAGAACACGUAGUCUAUCGAACCUAUAGUCAGCAGCCAAUCAAUUCUUUGCUUCCAUUUUUGAAAGUUAUGUGUGGAAUGUGAACCCAAAAACUAGGCCAAUUUCACCAGAGGGUUAUUCAAAACAGGCGAAAAUAAAUACACUCUGGUUCCAGGGUACGUUUACCCCUGCUUUUGGAGAGAUAUAAUUUUUAUAAUCUCUCAAAACUCUAUCACUGGGUAAUACCAAGGCACCACUUUCUCUGAGCUCUCUAUAGGCAGAUGGUGAUUUACCAUGAACAGAUAAAGCAAACCGAAUAAUUUGUGGGUGAUAUCUUCGUCCACAACUAGAAGAUUGCAAAAGCUUCAUCUGCUCUUGCCAGAAGAAUUUCAUGUGUGGAGUACUAUCUAGAUUUUGUCCAUACAUUAUCUUCAGAAUGUCCUCCUCCAGAGUCUUAUCAAUGGAUACGCCUUGACUGGUAAUCUUGUUUUGGAGUUCUUGCAGUUCUCCUUCAAGUAAUUUGCACUUCGACCUUGCAGCGACCACAGUUGCUCGUAACUUGUCAGGUCCACAUGCUGAAAGAGGAGACUCACUCUUUGCUGGGGAUGUUUUAGCUCUCAUUUUGUUUGUCUUCUUUAGUUGUUUGGUGAUAGUCGAGCAUGGAUCACAGAGUUCAGAACGUUCUAUGAUGACGUCACAGUUAGGUGAACGAAAGAAAACAGUUGCUUCAAAUUGCUUUGGUGAUGGUUUUUUCGGAACAGAGUGUCGAAUAACUGUUCGAGGAAUAGCAAUGGUUAUGUCAGUGUUCGGAUCAAUAGCAGCAUUUUUUGUUUGAUGAUCUUCAGGCACACCUUCACAUAGCUUGCUUUUCUCUAUUGUUGACAACACCUCUCGAAACUGUUCACCACUUUUGAUAGAACGUUUAUGUUCGUUGUAGAUAUUGUGGUCAUCAGGUAUUGGCCAAUUAAAAGCAUAUGCCGUAAACUCCAUUGAACAAGAAUCCACAACAACUGUAUAUUUGGCAACUCCAUGGACAUUGUCAGUCAGAAAAAAAAUGACAUUGCCAUCAUCACACACUUCACUUUUCCAUUCCAAUAAUGUAUCAUCGUCAAGUUGAUUAAUUAAAUCAUCUGAACACAAUCCUGGCUCUAAAUAUGAAUGGGAGGAAGAUGGUAUAUCCUCUUGUAGCUCUUGUCUUGGUGCCUUCUCAAUAACUCUUCUUGGUCUCAUGGGAUCUUAAUGGCAGGUUCUCUGUGGGGAUACUGCCAGUUUAAAGGUUUAAAGGAUUUUUCUUGAGUUUGGCUUAUCAGGAUCUGCAAAUGGUUAUAAUUAGUACACAAGUACAAAAACCAUGACCAGCCGACAAUUUUAAAAAAUAAAGUAAAAAGCAAUUUCCAAAUUCGGAAUUUGCUUUUUACUUUAUUUUUAGUACACAAGUAGUUGUGUUCUCUAUAGAUAUUAGUACAUUUAUUGAAUAUAAGAGCAUAAAUUCCAUACAUUGUAAUGCAUAAUAGAACUUCAAAACUGAUAGAGUCGAUAUUUCAAAAUAGCACAAAAUCUUAAUCAAAACUGCUAGUGUCAAGCUAGUGAAUCAAAAUAAUCUUAAUCCAAGUCGCUUUCACCAUACGGUAUUAAAAUAUAAAGUUUUAACAAAAUAAAAUCUUUUGUGGGUGCUAAAACAGCUACAUGUACUUGCCACUUCAUAUAUAGUAAAAAACACACGAACUUUACAUACUUCAAAAAUGGUGCAGAUAAAAUAUUAGAUAUCCAACUGGGCAGUAAAUAUAAACGACGGAUGGAAUUAGAGCAUGAAGCCUGGCAGGGUGCCAAACACACAAAUAUCAGUAUAGCACUAACAAUCCUUAUAAACUUAGUUGAGAUUAUAUUUUGUGGGUACGUUUAUAGUCUAAAACCGUGGUUGUUUUCACGUAUAUAAAUAUGCAUACAGUGGAAAAAAGAUCGGCAGAAACCUAUUAUAAACAUUAAAACAUACAUAACUUGAUGGUUUCACAUGGCUUCGGCUCCAUAUUAAAAAAGCGGCCAAGGUUGUAUGAAUCUCGACAGCCUAAAAGAUAAAAAUAUAGCCGCUUCUCGACAUUUCGAGCAAAGGACGAAAAUUUGCUUGAAACGGAGAGAUUCGAGGAUUUGUAAUUUGAUGCACACUAUCAGUCACGUGACACUCUCAACAUUGGAUCAAAAACAUAUGCCGAAACUCCGCCCACUAUCCAAACCAUCUCAUUCUAUUAACUGUGAGAAAACUAAAUCUACAAUCUUCGCCAAAAGUUCGUAGAACGGCAAAACAAAUUCGCAACUUUUUAAUAUACUUGGGUUUUAAAAUCAUUUUGCACCUCCCCCCGCUCCCCCCAAUCAAUGUUGCUCUCCCACAUUUCUAGUACACCUACAAUUUUGUUGUAGAGUAGGUCAGAUCAUAAAUUUACACGAAACGGCAACAUUUAAUGGGGGAGGGGGAAGGGGGGAGACCUUAAAAAGGUAUAAAAAUUUAUCGUCGUUCUACGGUUUAUGGCCAAGAUUGUCUGAAAAUUGCUACAUGUUCAUUUCCACGUAAAAUACAUUUAACCUUGUACAAGACACUUGUGCUAAUUUAUUCUGCAUAAAAAUAUCAAAUAUGAUUGUUAUAUGUGUUGGCGCCGUGUACUAUUUACGUCUUUAGUUAAGGUGGCUCUGCUAAGCUGCUCAAGUUAUACUUGCUUUCAAGUUACACAUAAGACAAUCAUGGUCUUACUCUAGUAGAAGUUGUACAAUCAAACUAUCAAAGUUCAAUCGUUUUUUUAUAAAUAGGACCAUACUGCUAUGAAAUAUCUGUUUUUAAAUAUAUAUUUCAGUUGUUCAUAAAAGAAGGCAAUCUAUACGAUAGUAGAUUGAAAUUAAGCCAAUGUGUUUAGAUAAUUGAGAAUUAUUUGCGCAAGUAGGCUAAUGUAAACAAGAGAAAUUUUCUACUUCAUUUUACAUGACAAAGAGUAAUUGCAAGAGCUUAUUGCGAUAUAAUAAUGCGCUGCAAAUCAAUAUGUAAUUGUUAUACGUGGUGGCCGCCGGGCUUUCUGUAUUGUGACACUCCGUACGUGACAGUAUAUACUCAAUGAAACAAGAGCUAAGCGAACAUAUAUGAAUUUGCGCAAGUAAUGUAAACAAGGGAUAUUUUCACCUUCAUUUUACAUCAGAAAGAGUAAUUGCAAGAGUUUAUUGCGAUAUAAUAAUACGCUGCAAAUCAAUAUGUAAUUGUUAGACGCGCGGGCCGCCGGGCUUUCUGUAUCGUGACACUCAGUACUCAGUGACAGUACUCAAAGAAACAAGAGCUAAGCGAACAUAUAUGAUUUCACUGUCUGAAAUAAAAUGUUUUUAAAUGUUGGCAUAAGUGUCGCAAUUCUGUUUGUUGGUAUUUUGUAGGAAAAUUGGGCCUUUGGAAAGGACAAUCACAGUACUCGCCAUAACAGGAGUUAAGACAAUGUCUAUAUCUCAUAUUAAGUUUGGAGGUUUUAAUGAGUAAUGUCAAUUAUUGCUUCAAAUCUACAAUUUGUUUUACCUAUUUGCCAUGAGAUUGUAAGGACAGUAACAACGAACAAAAUGUUGUGUAUAUUUUAUGUAUUUAUUUACAAUCCAACGAAAAAUUAAGCAAUUACUGUGAGUACUGUUCAUGAGUACUGUCAGUUAGUUAUUAAGCUACUAGAGUUCAUUUAUAUGUAUAUAUAGAUUAAUAUUUUGUCCGAUACGGCAACAGACUUAAUUAUUUGGUCAACAUCACAUCAUAAGUCCAAUGUUCAAUUGUAAAGCCUGACACGGUCUAUGCAUGCAUGCCUCUACAAUGGCAUCAGUGUCCGCUCUGCUGUACGUGGCUAUAAACACGAUUCGUUGUGGCGAACGCGAUAUAUUCCUCAUAUCUAUAAUUAUGAUAUGUUGGAUCUUACACAGCAAGAUUAAUUAAAAAUUCUAUUUGUCAAUUGGCGUGUGUAGCUUUAACUGAAAAUAUGUAUACUAAAAUAUAUCUACAAUUACGUUGUAUCAGUCUGCCUUUAUAACCAUUACUGUCCGGUUCAAAAUAGACAUAUAUGCUAUAAGGCCCUACCCAGAAAUCCAGUCUCAAAUUACAGUAUACAAUAUUUAUUAAUAUCUACCUAUCAUUCAAUAUUUAGGAAUACCAGAAUGACUUUUGAAGGGUUAUCCAGUAGUACAAGAACAUAAGUACAUUUUUGAAUAUUUCUACAACUGGUGUUCUAAAUUUAAUACAUAUAUAUACAAAGGAUUAAAAACAUAAUUUUCGGACAAUCUUGGCCAAAAGUUCGUAGAACGACAAAACAAAUUCGCAACUUUUUAAUAUACUUGGGUUUUAAAAUCAUUUUGCACCUCCUUCAAAGCCUUCCAUUCAAUGUUGUUUCUCCCACAUUUCUAGUACACGUACAAUUUUGUUGUAGUAGGUCAGAUCAUAAAUAUUACGAAACGGCAACAUUGAAUGGGGGGGGGGGGAGGGGGGAGACCUUAAAAAUGCAUAAAAAUUUAUGGUCGUUCUACGGUUUAUGGCCAAGAUUGUAGUUACUACAAUACCAAAUUUGCAAACUCUAAAAAUAGUGCGAACAGCUGGAAAACAAUUAACGAAUUAUUAAACAAAAAGUCCAAAACAACAACUCUCAAUGCAAUUUCUGUGAAUAAUAAGGUUGUUACAGGAGAUAAAAACAUUGCUAAUGAAGUCAACAAAUAUUUUGCUACCAUUGGACCAAACUUAGCUGAAAACAUCUCUACAACUAACGUUCACCCGUUGAAAUACGUGACAGUAGGGACAGCUUUUUUUAACUUCAAAAGCAUUAAAAAAGCAAAUGUGAAAAGCGUAUUAAAGAAAUCGAAAGCUACCAAAGCAACAGGCAAUGAUAAUAUUACAAAUAAGCAUCUAAAAUUAGCAGGUAACUCUAUCACAGAACCAUUAAUAUUCAUUUUUAAUUCGUCUUUAUUUACUAGUAUUUUCCCUGAUGACAUGAAAUUUGCAAAAGUUACGCCAAUCUUUAAAACCGGAAGUAAAAUAGCAAGGAGAAGGAAUUCCAUAUCUCCACAGGGAAAAGCGGGAUUGAUGAAAUGCAAUUUAAUUGAAUUGAUGAUUACAUAUUCAUAUUGUUUUACAUAUACAAAUCCCGCUUUUUUCGGGGGCAGAAUUAUUUUUAAAAACAUGUAAGCAAGCUUGGAAAAUCGUUUCACAUAACAAAUUGCAAAACAAAUUUCUAUUUUUAAACGUAAACAUUAAGAAUUGAUUUAGUAUGAGAAAUCGUAAAGUAUAUUAAUAAAAGGCAAGUUUGUUUAAAUUGUUUAUGUAUGACUUUGACUUUGCAUUAUUAUAGACUUCGUUUUUGUUGUUCAAGUCAUUCCUGUGCAUAGUAUGCGAAAUUUUCAUAGUUAAAUUAACUUUUCUAGAACUUCAUAAUAAAAAGGAAAGCAAAUUAUUUUCAUUAGCGUCCUGCUUGAAUUAAAUUUGUGCGAGUAAUAAGUUGAAGAUCAUGUUGAAGAGUUUAUCGGCAAAAAAUCUGUUAAUUUCAAUUCACAUUAAAACGUUUUACGACGAGUUGCGUCUUGAAUUUUACAGUAAAACAAAGCCCAUAGGAAGCAAUAUGAUAUACCAACUUUAUAUAUUUUAGAAAUUGAUAGUUCUGUAGUUAAAAGUGUCGAAGUUUCAUUUAUUUUUUGUAGUUUUGUACAAAAAUUUUAAAAAAAUUUCAAAAAAUAUCGUGUUGCCAUGGCUAACAUGACGUGAGCAACGUUAGCCCGUUAGCACUGAACAGUGUUGGCGUAAUUUCAAAUACUUCAUGUUGAAACAAUGUUUGGAAAAUAUAGGCGAAGGGCUAUUGCAUGCAUGUAUUUCUAGUUCUGUCCUACAUGAUACUGCACAUACAUGGUGGUUGACUAUAUAUACAUGUAAAAUGUUCCAUUGCAAUUACAUGUUUGCCAGCUAAAUCACAGCAAUAACUUUCCUUUCUUUUCAACAUGUAAAAAUAAACAACGUGAGAACUAUGUUUCUGUAAUACAAAUCUAUAGCAAAGUGGGGCCUCAACAUCGCGAUUUGCAAAUUUACUUCCGACUUCAACUUUUGCUAUGGAUUUAUGAGAUGCGUUAUCCACGUCUUAGCACAGAUCAGUGGGUUUAUUGCACAUGUUGACAUACCGCAAAUAUAUAAUUGUAAAUAUUACAGCUUUAAGUAAAUUGAAUAUCCCAAAACACCUUAUUUAAAGUCUAUCCCGAAAAACAGCAGCUGAAAUAACCAAAUAAUAUGAAAAAUAUAAAGUAUGACAUUAAAACGUAAUACAAAGUUGAAUGUGCAAUUAAUGACUGUGUUAUUUCUUCUCUUCUCGUUUCAUGAAAAUGAACAAAAUUACAUCAGAAGGCGAACGCAAACGGUCUGAUAACGAAAUCCAACAGGUGAAGGAAAACAACGAUAAUUGGAAAAAAGUUAUACAAAGCCGACAAGAUAUGAAUAUUCAUCUGGCUACGAAUAUGCAACACCUUCAAGACGAGAAUAACGAUCUAACUUUCCAAAUCCAAUGCUUACCAGAAGAAAGUGUUAAAACAAACAACGAGAACAGCAACAAGGAUGCAAUCAUUCCAGGCCUUCAAGGAGAAAUCAAUGACUUUCAAACCCCGAACAGAAACUCGCAAAUGGUUUCUCAGUGCCAUAGACUGAGUUCCUUAACCAAGAUGUUGCGACCGCAAGAAGAGAACAGUCACUUAAACAAUGAACUUCAGAAACUUCAACAAGACAAAAAUAGCAUGUCCAAUGAAAUUCAGCGAAUUCGAGAAGAGAUGAUGAACAGUGAAAUGAAAAUGCAGCAACUUCUAGAAAAGAGAAAACACAUGAUCAUUAAAAUGCAGGAACUUGAACAAGAAAACAAGAGUGGACAAAACGAAGAUAAACCUGAACAAAACACCGAUAACAGCAACGAAAUUCAGAAACUUCGAGAAAAGUGGAAUUGCCUGCUGGAUACAAUGCAGAAAUGUCAACAAGAAAACAAUAAAUUGAUCAAUGAAAUUGAGCGAAUUCUGGCCGAGAAAAUUAAGAUGAAUAGCGAUAUGCAAACCCUUCAACAUGAAAAAGACAUAUUGGAAAACCAAAUCCAGGAACUUGAUCAAUUUGCCCAUAGCUUAAGCGAGUACGUUGUCAUUCAUGUAGCAUUGCUGGAAGAGAAGAACGAUGACUUGGAAGAAGAUAUCAAGAAACUUGGACAAGAACACACCAAUAAGAAUGACGAAAUUCAACAGCUUAGACUAGGAAACGCCAGUAUGAUUGAGGAAAUUAAACAACUUCGGCAAGAAAACAUCAAUACGAAUAACGAAAUUGAACAAGUUCGACAAGAAAACACCAAUAAGAAUGACGAUGUUGGGCAACUUCAACAACAAUGCAGCAAUAAGACUAACGAAAUUCUGCAACUUCGACAAGAAAACACCAAUAAGGUGAACGAAAUUCUGCAACUUCAUCAAGAAAUCACUAAUAAGAUAAACGAAGUUCGACGGCUUCGACAAGAAAACACCCAUAAAAAUGGUCAAAUUGGACAAUUUCGACAACAAUACAACGAAAAGAAUAACGAAUUUCUGCAUCUUCAGCAAGAAAACACUAAUAAGAAUAACGAAAUUGAACAACUUCGACAAGGAAACGACAGAAAGAAUAUCGAAAUUCGACAACUCCGACAAGAAAACAGCAUCAUUACAGAAAGUGGAUCGGUAGCAAUUUCAAUGGAAAAGCUAGGAAAAGGUGCCUAUGGCGCUGUUUACAUUGGAAACUUUUAUGGAACAAAGGUAGCAGUGAAACAAUAUCACACAGUCAUUUUAUCCACGUAUAAUCGGAAAAUACUUGAACGUGAAAUUAAGAUCGCAUCACAAUGUCGACAUCCCAAUUUACUACAAUUUAUAUGUGCAACACAGAAUGAUCAAGACCAUUUGGUAAUUGUAACAGAACUGAUGGAUAAGAGUUUACGUGACUUACUUGAGCAAUGCGCAGGGGGAGAAAGAACACAGAUGGAAAAUCAGGAAGUUAAAUUAACUUCCUUAGAUGUGGCACGUGGUCUCAACUACCUUCAUUCGAAAACGCCAAAUCCAAUUAUCCAUCGUGAUGUUAGCAGUGCCAACGUAUUGUUAUGGAUUGUAAAUGGUGCAAUAAUAAGAGCCAAAAUAUCAGAUUAUGGUUCAGCUAAUUUCCUACAAGCGUGCAAGACCGCAAAUCCAGGAGCACCGGCCUACGCCGCACCUGAAGUCAGGAACGGUCACCAAGACCCAAAGGUAAUUAUUUAUUAAGUAGGGCCUAUACUUACAGAUGUAGUUGUUGAAAAUAUUUAUCAAUUUAUGUUGAUAAAUGUUACAUGUUAUCUGUCAUAUAUAUAUAUAUAUAUAUAUAUAUAUAUAUAUAUAUAUAUAUAUAUAUAUAUAUAUAUAUAUAUAUAUAUAUAUAUAUAUAUAUAUAUAAUUAUGUUUCGUUGUUUACAAAAACAUUUGGCAGAGUGCUCAAUGGAUAUCCAGAGCAUAAUUAAUUAAGUGCAACGACUCAACAAAUUCCACUAGGCAUCUUUAUUACUAUUAGUUUCGAUUCGUACCACAAGAUGUGCCAUUUAUCGGAUAAAUUAGCCUAAUUUACGAGGUGUGUAGCUCCGAGUCGGCUAUCAGUCAUAUACAACGAGAGCGAAUGGUAUAAUUGUUUUGUAAUAUGGUCUAAAGCAAUAAUUAAUUAUCCUCUGUUACAAUGUCUUGACAAUUUGUUCGGCCAAAAACCGCCUGGCCUUGAAAAUUUGAAAUACUUUUGUUUUACAACUCGAAGACGAAGUGAAAGAAAUGGUUUUAGAACCGGUAUAUCUCACAGAAAAGCUCAGAUAUAUUAUACAGAUGUUUGGUAGUAUAGUAAGUGCUUGUUGACUGCAAAUUCAUUUGUCUUUCGUUGCAAACUUUUCUGAACAAUUUAUAUUCUCAAUGAACAUGUUUUUUCGCUGUUGUUUCGGUAUUAAUUCUUUAAAAAACUUGUAUUUAAACUAAUUUCUACGUAAUAAAUGUAUUUUGCUAACCUGUCAAAUUUUUUUUGAGAGUUUUUCCCUGGGCUAUUAUGUUUCUCAAAGCGAAUAUUUUCCUUUUUCUGCUUCGCAAAACUCAUGUAGUUUUUGGACCGCCAUCUUGUUUUUCGCUACUCGCCGUAUAUGAGCUGAUAUACGGCGAGUAAUUCAACCAAUCAGAUUGCAGAACAGCUCAUAUACGGUGGAUGACUAUAUUAUAAAUAAAUAUAUAUAUAUAUAUAUAUAUAUAUAUAUAUAUAUAUAUAUAUAUAUAUAUAUAUAUAUAUAUAUAUAUAUAUGUACAUAUAAUACACACUGUAGAACAUUUUCAUCUUAACAUAUUACAGAGUGCACAAUUACACAGUAAAUUCCCCAAAACCCGGUCAAAUCGGUCUUUCACGAGGGCAAGGGCAGUUCCGCGCGUGACGACUGCCACGCGAAUCUCUCGACUAUUCUAGCGCCGUCUGAACAUCCCGCUCCCAGCACUAAGGCCACGAGGUGAGAACAACUAAAAAAUGUCAACUAUUUAUAGUUCAGUAUCGUUAAAAGUUCUAAAGCGGAAUCAAGUUAUGAAUUGUUCUGACUAUUGUUUUGCUUCCACAUUGUACUUUGGCCACUCUAGUAUGGCGGUCCCGUCCAGGGUAGGUUUCCACGAUUCUUCCGAUAUCGUCACCAGCUCUUCACCCGUCCCAUCACUGUUACCAAUAACUGCAUACACGUCUUUUUUCGCAGCCUUCACCAUGAUCUCAAAGACGCCCCCAAAAUGUGGGUCUGCUGUGGGAUUAAAAUUCCAUUUUUUACACUUAACUUGGUUGCGUUUCUCUUGAUUUUGUCUUUGUCGAGUUGGCGCACAAGUUAUUUCAGCUCAUUGACAGCGCCCACGAAAUUGAUAUCAUUAUCACUCAGCAUUUCUUUUGGAAUACCCAGUCUCCUUGGAAAUCUAGUAAAUUCGUUAAGGAAGCUAUCUGUGUCCAGGCCCCAUGCGACUUCGAGAUUUACCGCUCGCGUGGACAUGCAAGUAAACACACAUAACGAACGCUUGUUCCUCGUUUUGCCUCGUCCUUGUAUCGUCUGGAAAGAUCCGGCAUAAUCAACUGCCGCUUGGACAAAGGCGCGAUAGGCGAGGCGAAGUUGGUUCAGCGGAAUAGGUCCCAUAAUUUGCGCACCGGCUUUGUUCUUUUUCUUCUUGCACGUGUUGCAUUCGUUCUCCCAUUCCCGAAUUUUCUCCCUCGCUGCUGGGAUCCAAUAUCGUUGGUUUAACUGUGAUAGGACAAAGUUUGUACCGGCAGUGUGAUUCGACAUCUCUAGGGAAUGUUUGACUAUCAGUUUAGUCACCAGUGUCCCCUUGGCAAGAUUAUCGGCAAUCUGACGCCGUACGGGAGGUGUUCCGCAAAUCGUAGUCGACUGUCCGACCGGAUCAGUCUUUGUUCAUCCAGCUGAGCAUUUAGUUUCUGCAACGUACUCUUAGGUGCAAUUUGUUUACUGGUCGUUAGCGCUUUGUACUCGUUAUUAAGUGCGUCUUGUUGUGCACGACAAAUGAUACUUUCUUCCGCGUCACGUAACUCUCGGGAAGCUGCUCCUGGUCACCCACCCGUGUCUCCGAAUUUCGCGUGCUAUGGAUAAAUCUUCUAACUCUCCCGAGCACGCGUACCAAUCGUGUCCAGUUGGAAUACCGUUUAGGUUCCAGCCUCCAGACCGUUGACUUCUUGUUUUCUUUCCUGUUUUUGACUGGGCGUUGGUAAUUGCAAGCUGUCGCAACCGUUUCACUCUUGGCGCUCUGCUGGUGGGUUUCGCUUUGUGUAAUUCGUUAGGACGGGUUCCAAUUUGCAUCUUUGGCCAGCCCGAUUUGUCCUCUAGCAACCACUUUGGUCCAUUCCACCAUAAACAAUGAUCUGACAAUUCUGAGGUGGUUGCUUCUCCAGCUUGUUCAAAGGUCCGCCGGAUUUUCUUCUGUACGCACUUGUUGGCAUUGCGCUGGCUCGGUCGACAUUUGUAUUUCCCCAUUGCGGUUUGCGAUGAAUGACUGAAAAUGUCGUCCAUGGCCUCUAAUCCACCACAAAACAUCUGUGCUGUCUGAGUAAAACGUCACCAUACUCAUCGGUAUUUCAAGAAUCGGAAUGAGACGUUGUGUUAAUCGCAAACCUAGUAUAGCGCCCAACAACUCUAGCCUUGGAACCGUCAUUGGCUUCAACGAUGCAAUCUUCGUUUUGGAUGCGAUCAUCCGACAGCUAGUGGUAUCUUCGUACUCGCACUUUAAGUAGACGACUGCUACAUAAGCCUUAGGGAAAGCGUCGACGAACAUCAUCACAGAUUGACUCAGGACUGUCUUAGCCUCACGUAAACACCUUGGUACAAGCACGUUCUUCAGGUCUAACAGCUGUCGAAACCACAUAUCGAUCAUAUCGGCAACUUCGUCUACGAUAACGUCGUCCCAGUCAUAUCCCCUUGACCACAGCUCUUGUAGAAGGACUUUGGCUAUAACCACAAAUGGACUGAUCAGACCAAGCGGGUUAAUUAAAAACUGUUGCAAUUUACUUCAAUAUGCUCCGCAACACUUCUGAUAAACACAGGUCGUCGCUGCUAUGCCACGAGAGCUCAAGCGGUUUGACGGCUGAAGUUGCGCUGUCACUUAUCGAUAAUUCAGUUGCUCCUUUGGUGUCGAUGCGUUGACCGCUGGAGAAUUUGAAAUCCACUUCCGCGCUUGCAUACCGGCUAAGUUCCAAAGAUAUCUCAGUUGCUGGUAUAACUCAAUGCUCUCCUCGUCCAUCUCCACACUAUCAAUAGAGUCGUCCAUAUACGUGGACUUCAGCACUGUCUCAGCCGCCAUAGGGUCCGUCUCUGGAUGUAUUUUAGCGUUUUCUUGGGCCACGAAUUGCGAUAUUCCAUCGGCGCAGAGUUUUUCCCAAACACUACACGAUUGAAUUCGUAUAAUAAACUUCUGGUUCUCGGUUACUGUCCAGGUCACGCCACAACAGCCAGAAGAUGGGACGAUCGCACUCUUCGACCUCAACUUAAAGGUACAUUUCUCUAACAUCGCACGCCACCGCCACUGGUUUGCGACGAAAACGAAUAAGUAUAUCAAUCAAUUCCUUUUGUCGCUUAGGUCCCGCGUAGAUGACAUCGUUUAACGCGACUACAUUACACUUCGUUCUCGCGAAAGGUUUUACACAGAUCUUUUUUAAUUCGUUCAAUCCCUUGUGGUGUGUGUUGGAAUGCUGAUAGGCCGUCGUCUCGAUAAAGUCCGAUGUUCUGGCCGUACUUUUUUGUAAGGAUGGACAGGAGAUAGCACCCUAUCAGCUCACACGUUGCUGCUCCAUCGAAUGAUCCCAUGGUUACAUCAAAUUUGUUGUUUGAAUUUUUCUUCUCCCAUGGUUUGCCAUCCCAAAAUAAUAGCGACUGUUUUGUGUGUAGGAUGAUGUCGCGUUCUUGCUUGCUGAUGUGUCGGUAUUUGCUGCCGAAAUCUAAUGCUUUAUUCAGUAAUUUCUCGGUUAUGGAUGGGUAGAAGUCACAAACGUCAAAAGAUAUAAACGAGAGCGAUCUUUUGUUUUCCAAGUUGUUAAACCAUCUCAAAACACUUGAUGUGUUUUUCCAAUGGUUUAUCUGUGUUGCGUUCAUAAUUGCUGCAUUAAUUUAUUUCGUCGAGGAUGUGUUUGCUAAUUACACCGAUCUCGGAUUUGGUGGGGUUAAUUAAACGGCAUGUAGGAUGGUUUUGGAAUUCGGGUUUAUGGUCUUUAAAAGUUAUAAAGGCUUCUUUUCGUGCUAGCACUUCAAUUCGGUCAUCUAAUUUAAGCUUCCUCGAUAUACUAGCGGCUUUCUUAUUGAUUUGUUUGACAGUUUUAUUAGUUGACUUCUUGUAUGUUUUGGUCACAUUUUCGGUGAUGAGCUUUUGAUAACAGGAUUUUUGCAAUGCGUAAAAAUUUGUCGUUUUAUCCGCAGGGACAAGUACCGUGUCUUGUUUCUUGAUGUAGGUCUUGACAUUAUAACUUCCUUGUAUUAUAACUAACUAUAUAUAUAUAUUAAAAAUGUUAAAAUUGUAACCAGGAUUACACAUAUUAUUAAGACUUAGAAAGGUUGACGCUGGUUUGAUAAAAACGUUAAAAAUUACGUUUAUUUAAAAAGAUGUUAAGACGGUUUCGACCUGUAACUUAGGUCUUCGUCAGUUAAAAAUUUAACAAGGUUCAAAACUGAACAAUAUAUAUAGGUUCAGAGUUAAUUAGCAGAUAAGUGUUUUAUACACAUCCGGUAUUUCGAUAUGGUCGUUUCCUGCGUUAUGAUCCUUGAGGGAAUACCAAGCCUCUAAGAACAGACGUUCGCGGUAGUUUUUUGUUUUGUUGACAAUGGUGGCAUUACUGAAGUCAAUUCGGUGAUCGUAUUGUUCAGGAUGCUUAGCGAUUUUUGAAUAUUGUUCAAAUUGCGAAACAGCUCGUUCGUGUUCGUUUAUUCUAGUUUUUAAUGCUCUGUCUAUUUGACCGUAAUAUGCAAAGUCACAAUCGCAGCAACAGAUUUUGUGAAUGACUCCGCUUGUCUGCUCGGGUGGUAACUUGUCUUUGGGUUUGGAGAAUUGGCGAGAAAGGGUAUACUGGUAGGUUUUUAGCACACUUUGAUAUUUUCUCUCCUUAAUACUCGGGAGAUUUUUUCUGUAACGCCUUUAACAUACGGUAAGACUACAAAGCUAAGAGCGACACAAUCAGCGGUGUUUGUCCUGUUGUUGUUGACAUCAGUGGUAUGCAAAUUACCGUUGGUGUUAUCAGUAUGACGCCGUUUUCUCUUGAUGUCGUAAGACUUUAUAAACUUAAGUGGGUAACCGUUGUCUCUCAAGUUUUGAACCUAGUUAAUUUUUAACUGACGAAGACCUAAGUUACUGGAAAAAAAGUCUUAACAUCUUUUUAAAAAAACGUAGUUUUUAAUGUUUUUAUCAAACCAGCGCCAACCUUUCUACAUCUUAAUAAUAUAUAUAUAUAUAUAUAUAUAUAUAUAUAUAUAUAUAUAUAUAUAUAUAUAUAUAUAUAUAUAUAUAUAUAUAUAAAUAUAUAUAUAUAUAUAUAUAUAUAUAUAUAUAUAUAUAUAUAUAUAUAUAUGUAUGGAAUAUACUUACUUAGAUUGACGUCUUCAGCUAUGGCAUCCUGGUGUGCGAGAUUUCCUUGUGUGAGCAACCUGAUCAAGUCGAGAGAGAGGGACAAAUAGAAACAAUUUGGAAUGUUGCAGUCAAAGAAUUGGUGAAACAUUGUACUGAGAAGGAUCCGAAACAAAGGCCAACAAUGAAGCAG